AUGACUUCCUCAAACGAACAGAAUUUAUCUCAAGAUAUUACCAUAAAUGGAUCAUUAAAUAAUUCAUCGUCAUCAGAUGAAUUAAUAGCAGACUCACAAAAACGAUCUGAUCAAUGUCAAGAUCAUGAUUCGAAAUUUGAUGAAAGAUCAAACGUUGAUGAAUCUUCAACUAGGACUGUUCAAGACGAUGGUGACACCUCACGAAUUCAUUUUCAUCUGAAUGAUUUUGGUGAUAAGGUCGUUGGAACUGUCAAGCAUGGAUUAGUCACUGUCUUUGGUACGGGUAUUGAACAUAAAAAUGAUCACGAGCAAACUUUAAGACGUCCUUUAACUCUUCGAUCAAGUGAAUCGUCAUCUCCUGAGAUUGUUCGAGAACAAAUUUCCGAAACAGAAGAGGUAUUUAUUGUAUUGCAUUACUGA